AGCAGUUCAAUUGUGACAGAUUAAGCGGUAAGCAAGACUUUCCCCGAAGAAGAAGACGGCUCUCCUCUCGACGGUGGUAAAGUGACCUCUGUUGCUAACCGCUGGCCUGCAGUUGAACCAUGGCUCCUCCUGUUGCAGUGUCGCCUUUAAUAAAGACUGCCAGGUAUUCAGCUUUAAUUGCUGGCAUUAUCUACGGUAAACGGCGAUAUGAUUAUCUGAAGCCUAUUGCAGCCGAGGAAAGGAGGAUUGAGGAGGAGGAGAAGAAAGCUCGAGAGGAGCAGGAGAAGAUUGCCAAGCAGUUAGCAGAAGCUAAUGAAGACACCAUCCUGAAGUAAAGCUCUGGACUGUCCUUUGGAGACAUCCUUGUGCACUUUCCAACCUUUUCCUGGAGUAACGGUGGCAAAGUCAGGCCACGCUGGUUCACUGUCGCAAUGAAAACAACUCCCCUCCUCCAGUUUCCCAGAAACUGUAAUUUAGUUACAUGAGAAGAAAUAACUUCAAAUGCAGCUACACUCAGAAAUUUAUGUUGACAUUUGAAUUGAAGAAAUUUCAUAAAUACAGGACAUAAAAUAUAAAAUGUAUAUUUUUUUCCUCCCUCAUAACUGUUCAGUUUAUUGUUGGUACAUUUACUUAAACACCUUUUAGAUCUCUGGCUCUGUACAGCAUCAUAAAUAAUUUUGUUCUUUAAAUGUAUUAAAAAAAUAAAUACAUGGCUUUGCUCCUUGUUGUUUUUUCAGAGGAAAAGAUGAUCAGUAAUUAAUGUAUUAAAGGUGGUUGAUUAUUAUGGUUUUUAAUAUUAUGCACAUUUAAUAAAACCCCAUAGGUUUUAUUUUAUUAACUAAGCAAAAUGCUUGCUGAUUAACUUUUUCCUAAACAAUUUCUAACAGCUAAAGGUGUUCGAAUCAUCUCUGCAGAAUGAAACAUUCUGCCUUGUAUUUUUAUCAUUUCACAGUUACAUAUUCAGAUGUUUGCCUGAUUUUAUAUAUUUUAUACCUCCAAGGUGAUUGGUUAAAAUAUGUUGAUUUCUUUAAAAGAGCUUAUCUUUAUGUUCUCUAAAAGCCUGAGGAAACUCUGAAUCCUCACACGAAGAACCAAAAACAUUGAGAAACUGUAAGUUUAGUCUUGAAAACCACCAAUUUAAAUGAUUUAAUAUGUCACUGUUUUAAAUCAGAAUUUCUAAUUUAGAAACUAAAAGCCUGUAAUAAGGUCACCAAGUCCUCGGUUUUAUCAUAGAUGGCGUCAAUCUUCAUCUGCCAUGGAGGUGUGAGGAGUUCAUUUAAAUGCGUAACGUGUAUUUUUACAUCUUGUUGUUGCACAACUUUGUCCUGCACCCACACACCAGACGUGACCCCAUAAACAGUUUAACCUGCCGUCACCUGUGGCUAAGGAAAGCCGCCUCUUCAAGAGAUUGUUGAUAAAUCUACAGUUUUCAGAUUAGUUAACUGAGCCAAGCAGCUGCUGUGGUUUCAUAUUUAGUUGGAUUUAAAUUUAGUGCAGCUACUCAAAGCGCAGAUGUUUUGACUUGACAGGUGAAACAAACUAAUACCAAGAUAUUCUGCUCACAGUUUGUGGUUCUAUACAAAUCAGAAAACCCAAGAUUUUUUAAAAAGAAAAUACUUUCAUGUCUGCAGCUUAAUUUACAGCAACAUCUUUGAAUUCACAGAUCCUUUGCUUAUGUAUAGGCAUUAUCCUUAUUAAAUGCAUUUUGGCAGUUCUGUGCAGCAGACGUUCAGCCUAGGAUUAGACCUGGCAGCAUUUACAGACAAGCUGACGGGAGACGAAAACACCUGAACCUCUACUGACAUAACACAUUACUCAUAGCUGGUUUCCACGGUGGCCAUCUCAUUCUCACCCUUUAUGGCUAAAGAAAUACAAAAACAUACAUUUGCAAGCCUAAUUUUAAAGUUGCUGGACGUAGCAACUUGUAAAUAUAAAACGUGAAAAUAAUUUCCUGAAAAAUAUAUAUGUAUUUUAAGGACAUUACAAAAUGUCCAACAUUGCAAAAGCAUCUUUAAUUUCACUAUAUUGCACAUAAAAUACCACAGAGCCUUUGCAGCGUGACUCAGGGUUCAAACAAGUUUAAUCUUCCUUUGCAUCCGCCAUAAUCAACUGCAGCCUGGCAAAAAAAAAAAAAAAAAUUACAUAAAGCCUGCAUGCUCCUGAACGUGAAGGCUCAUCAGCUUACAGGCAGGGAUUUCUAUAACUGGAUUAAUGCUAGAUUUAAAAUCUACAUUUAGGCUGAAGAAGUGAGAAUACUCAGACAGCCCGUCUGUGGCUCCGGUAUAAAAGGCUCGCUCACAGGCUUCUCGGCACAGCUAAAACACGGCAACACAUCUCUGAACUGCAAUCUUCCUGUGGAUUUGCUCUGCACCUCAGGUAAGGAAAUGAUGCCUUCAGGGACCAAUAAGAGGUUUAUAGAAACCUAUCGGUUUCUAUAAAUUUGUCCUACCUUUAAGCCAUAUGCGGAGACUUCAAAAGCGAAAGGCAACUAGGUUUCUUUCUUGGCUUGACUUAGAAUGGACUUCCAGCUCUUGGGGUUGGUGAUGCUUUUCCUGGCCUGUGUGGAGCAGAGCCUGGCCUCUUGUGUGGUGGACAGAUUCACAGUUAAACAAGACUUUGAUCCCCAAAGGUAUGCAGGUAAAUGGUACGCCCUGCAGAAGAAAGACCCUGAGGGUUUGUUCCUGCAGGACAACAUCUCUGCUGAGUACACUGUUGCGGACGACGGUGCCAUGGUGGCCUCCUCCAGAGGCAGAGUCACUCUCUUUGGGUUCUGGGUUGUCUGUGCAGACAUGGCUGCUCAGUACUCAGUACCUGACCCCAACACACCAGGCAAGAUGUUCAUGAACUACCAAGGGUUGGCCAGCUACCUGUCCAGCGGCGGUGACAACUACUGGAUCAUCGACACAGACUACGACAACUACGCCAUCACAUAUGCCUGCCGCACCCUUAAGGAGGACGGAAGCUGCGAGGACGGCUACGCGCUGGUCUUCUCCCGCAACCCUCGCGGCCUUCCCCCAGCCAUCCAGAGAGUCGUCCGGCAGAAGCAGGAGGAAAUCUGCAUGGCCGGACAGUUCCAGCCCGUGCUGCAGUCGGGGGCGUGUUAAACAGCUUCCAGGCUGACGGUGGACGAGCGAUUGCACUUUGUCAAUCUGGACCGACUAAAAUGCCCAGGAUGAAGACGCAACUCUUCACAGGGGAAUCGUGCAAUACUACACUCUCAUCUUAGUUGUCUGAUGAAUCCCGCACUCCAUGAAACGCUACAACACACUUCUAAGAUAGUUCAAAGCAAAAUCCAAUAAAUAGCACGAUUUUCUCAAAGAAUGUUAUUGUAACUCGCUGACGGGUAACAUCUGAUGUGAAUUGUUCUGUGCUGCUGACAAUAAAUUUUAUUU